CCCCUUUUGCCCUUUCUCGUUACCCCCUUUCGCUUCCUCAUCAUUCAGCGCAUCGCUUUCGACAAGAAAACCAUGAUUCUGGAGUCACCUCCCCUGGUCAAUCUGACAAAGUUGACAGAGAUACAUGAAGGUAUCACGCCUCGUUUUCUCCACCUUCUGCUUCCUAUCAGGGCCAAUUGCUUCAGAGAUAUUGCGAUCUAUCCAAGGUGCAACAUUGACGACUGACGGUCAAUGGCUCUCUGCUUGUACCUCCUACAGUGCCUAUCCACAUCCGUAAUCCUAUCCAUCCCAACUCCGCCAACAGGCACAAGCGUCUCGGUCUUCAGAUGUUGAACGAGCUGAGUCGUAUUGAGAUGUUUGUCGCUAGGAUCGAAGCUGUGGGCAAGCACGAAGAGACAAGCGCCGAGUUAACUAAAACAAUUGCGCAUCUUGAGCAGACACUGUAUACAUACGAGGUGGACAAUGGGCAGGCAAAUCGACUCGAGAACACAUCAGGGCGUAUGAUGCUACAGAGAUACAUGAUCAGAACUGGACUCGCGGAAAUGUUUCCGAAGUCCUCAGAGUACCUCGGUAUCGACCCAAUCCUGCCAGGCGGUAGCUUUAUUGAAGCUCAUUUCCGUCAAAUGGCAACUAUCAACCAACUUGUGUCGAUCGCACUGCAGCUCCAGAAUGACUUGCGGCUAUCAAAUCACAAGUUCAUUGCACACCAAGUUGCCUUGCUUUAUCAAUGUAUCAAUCAAGCAGGGCCGCAGUUUUCGAAAAAAUACAAGGCUCGUGUGGAGGAGAACUUCGAUGCACUCAAAGAGACUUCCAAUAUGUCUGAAGAGCCUCGCCUUCCUAUCGAGCUGCAGGCCUGGCUAUCAGAUCUCACAACGGACAUUGUUUCCGACGCGCUGUUCAGUGGCCGACCCAUGUCCCAGCAGACACCAGAGGCUGCUCACCUAUCGGAUUAUAUCAAUCGAGUUUCGUCUGGCAAUUCGUUAGAGGAGCCGGCAGCAGCAGCUUCAUAGGCUCAACGAUACCCACUACAAAAUAAAUUGGACACAUUUUGCCACCGAAAAUAUGAGUUGAAAAGAGUACGUCAACUUCAUUCGUCUGCGAUUCGUCUUUUG